AUGCCAAUGAAGAACCCCACCUUGGAAAAGAAGAUCCAGGAUAUCGAAAAGGACGAAAAGAAGCGCCGCUCCCGUGCUGCACGCUUUGCCGCCCAGAAGCAUAAGAGAGAAGGAGACUCUCGCAGACAAGUCAUCGCCCGAAUAAUCAACAAAGCAAAACAGGAGACGAAGCCCGCGAGACAGGCUCAUACGCCCUCGGUUGUAGAUGGAGACUUCAUCAAUGACUGUGGGGCGGAGGGCACCACUGCUUGGACUAUUCAGGACUAG